AUGGACGCUGAGAAGACCGGCGGCCUCUCGGCCGUCAUGAGCGGCAGUGACAACACAUCCGGAGAGGUCAUUACUGGUAAUCGUGCUCAAUACGGAGAGACGGUGCGCGGCUUGAGCCCUCGCCAUGUUCAACUCAUGGCCAUCGGCGGUUCAAUUGGAACUGGACUUUGGGUCGGUAUUGGUGGCGUUCUCAGCAAGGCCGGUCCACUUUCGCUUAUUCUGGGGUAUGCUUUCUGGGGACUCCUCUAUAUUUGGCCCCUCAACUUGAGCGUGGCCGAGAUGUGCGCAUACCUACCCAUCCGCGGAUCCAUCUUUGAACUGGCCUCUCGAUUUGUCGACCCUGCUCUGGGUUUCGCCAUGGGAUGGACCUACUUUUUUGCCGGCGUGAUGCUGGUGUGCACCGAGUAUUCAGCUGUUGCCACGGUCAUGCAAUAUUGGAACGCUGACAUAAACCCGGCCGCUUGGAUCGCCUUGGCCCUGGGUGUAUGCUUUCUGAUGAACGUCGUGGCUGUCAAGUACUACGGAGAGUCCGAGUUUGUCAUGGCUUCCACCAAGGUGUUGCUUCUGUUUGGUCUCUGCAUGGUUACACUGGUAACCAUGUGUGGUGGAAACCCCAAGCAUGAUGCAUAUGGAUUCCGCAAUUGGGGCAGUGGAAACGCCAUGCAUGAGUACUAUACUACCGGAGAUACUGGACGGUUCCUAGGCUGGUUCAAGGUCGUCAUCUAUGCCGCGUUCACCAUUGCCGGUCCCGACAUGAUUGCCCUUGCUGCUGGCGAGAUCCAGAAUCCCCGCCGAACCAUCCCCCGUGUCGCCAAGCUUAUCUUCUACCGUCUCGUCGGCUUCUAUGUUGUUGGAGUCCUCUGCGUGGGCAUCAUCUGCUCAUCGCGUGACCCUACACUCCUGGGUGCCAUCGAAAACAGCGAACCUGGAGCUGCUGCAUCUCCCUGGGUUGUUGGCAUCAAGAACCUUGGCAUUGGUGUUCUCCCUGACCUGGUCAACGCCCUGAUCCUUAUUUCGGGACUCUCUUGCGGCAAUGCAUACCUCUACUCUUCAUCGCGUACUCUUUACGGUCUCGCAAAGGAUGGCCAAGCUCCCAAGAUCUUCAUGAAAUGUACAAAGUCUGGUGUUCCGAUCUGGUCAGUUGUCGCUGUCUCAGUAAUCUCCUGUAUCACCUUUUUGGUUUCGUCGAACGCCGCUGUCGAGGUCUUUUACUGGUUUGUCGACCUGACCACCACGGCCUUGAUUAUGACAUAUACCAUGAUGCUGGUAGCUUUCCUUGGAUUCUAUCGUGCUCGCGUCGUUCAGGGUAUGGACCCGGCGACACUCCCUUACCGCGCACCAUGGAACCCCUGGGCCGCGUACCUGGCCUUGUUGCUCGGUAUUCUAGCCCUCAUCUUCGUCGGCUACAGCACUUUCGUCCCCUUCGAUACCCGUAGCUUCAUCACCGCCUACUUCGGAUUUGCCUUUGGCAUCAUCAUGUACUUUGUCUGGAAGGUGGUCAAGCGAACCAGCCUGGUCAAGCCCAGUGAGGCUGAUUUGAUCAGCGGCAAGGCAGAGGUUGACGCCGAAUGCCGACACUGGGAAGAGGGUGGUAUCGAGGAGAUUGAGAAGGAAAGACUUGCCCAGAUGAACUUUGCCAGACGAUGCUGGGAGCGCAUGUGGUAA